UCGGGGCUCUUGGCAGAGUGGAGUUAUCGGGACAGAAACAGAAGCCAUCAAUUCUAUGCACUUGGUUGAACUUUUGAGAACGACCAAACAAAACUCUAAUGUCCGAACGAUAUUUGACCUAGAAAAGCAUCGUACAAAGAGGUCAGCGGUCUUUCACUCUGGAGUGAGAGUCUGCCCUCAGGAGACCAUCAAUGAGGUCAUCGCCAGCCAUCAAGCCUACUACAAGCUCAGAGUUUGUCAGGAGGCUGUGUGGGAGGCCUUCCGGAUCUUCUUUGACCGGAUCCCUGGAUCUACAGAAUAUACAACCUGGGUUCACACAUGUCAACAUGAGUCUCUGUGCCUCUCUGACCUGGCCAGUAACUUCAGCAACUCAGAGGAGCACAUGAGUAUGGUGUACAGGAGGAUGAACCUGGGAGAUGAGAGGCAGCCGACUGGAAUGGUAGCAGCCACAACCACAGCAGCACCGGAGGUUGCUGAUAUAACAGGUCCAGAGGAGGCCCAGACUGCAACACCAGAACCACCUGCUCUUGUAACCGGCGUUGCCAGCGUCCCUGAUGCUCCCGAGGUUACAGUUGAAGUAGAAACUGUGGAGGAGGAGGACUCUGAGCUGCCCAAUGUUGUCCCAGAGCAGCCUGUGGAGGCGAUAGUGGAGUUCAGCAUUGACCUCGUGGACCCAGGCUACAAGGAACUACUGGACGACCCUGACUCCCCCCAAUAUGUUGACCUCUCUCAUUACCUGCAAGACCAGAUGCUCCAUGUUUUUGACAGACUCCCAGGAUUUAAAGAUAUCAAUGUUUUGGGAAUCAGACCUGGAGCAGUGACAGUGCACUAUUCCCUGGUCUUUGAGACCAUUUCAACAGAAGUUUCAGAGGAUGACACAGGGACUCCAGUGUCAGCUGUGCCCAGCCUGCGGGAAAGGGUGGCCAACGCUUUGAGUGAAGAGGCCUCUUUACCAUCCAGUACGCCAUCAAUCCACAACGACCUGGAAAUAGCCAUAGAUGAGCCAGAGAUUGCUGGGGAGAAGCCUCGUCUGGAUGUUCCACUCGGCCCUGUGGAAAAGAAAAAUGCUCUCGUCACCCUCCUGGACUCUACAGACAUUCCAGAUGAAGAAGUAGAAGAAGAAAAAGCCCCACCAGAGAGGGGUGAUGUGCCUUACAUCUACGAAGACGUUGAUGAGAGUGAGUUUGAAGCAACAGCUGAACCAGAGGAAGAGGUGCCAUUUAUCACACACAUGAUUGAAACCAUCCAUGCCAUUGAUGAGGGAACUGGUGAGCUUGUGAUAGACUAUUUCCCAACCCCUCCUGCUGAGGACUCUGCUGCUGAGCCCAGCGUUCCAGAGGAAUACCCUGAGCCACCUUUUGGCAAUUUAGUUCCUACUAAUGGGUACCCUGUCUUACCCCCUGAGGAUUUGGAUAUUACCUCCGUUCCUGAAAUAGAAAGUAUAGAAACUGAUGCUCCAGCUGAACUCCCUCCUAACUUGAUAUCAGAGGAGAAGGCUGUUGUUGAGGAGGAGGCAGAGCAUACUCCAACCCCUCAGAUUCUGCUCACCACAGCCACUGAAGAAGAGCUGUCUGACCCUGGAUUACCUGUAACGACUCUCUCAGCCAUCACAGAUCAGCCUACUACUGAAGCAAUAGAGGACCUUGAAGUUGAGGAGAAUCUUCUUCCGAUUGAAGAGGAAGAAGUUGAGGAACCAGAACCUGAGGAAGAGGUAGUUGAGCUAUCGGGACCUGAAGAAGAGGUAGUUGAGCUAUCGGGACCUGAGGAAGGGGUAGUUGAGCUAUCGGGACCUGAGGAAGGGGUAGUUGAGGUCUUGGAACCUGAGGAAGAGGUAGUUGAGCUAUCGGGACCUGAGGAAGAGGUAGUUGAGCUAUCGGGACCUGAGGAAGGGGUAGUUGAGCUAUCGGGACCUGAGGAAGGGGUAGUUGAGGUUUCGGAACCUGAGAAAGGGGUAGUUGAGGUCUCGGAACCUGAGGAAGAGGUAGUUGAGCUAUCGGGACCUGAGGAAGAGGUAGUUGAGCUAUCGGGACCUGAGGAAGGGGUAGGAAGUUUCGAACCUGAGAAAGGGGUUGAGCUAACCUCGGGACCUGAGGAAGGGGUAGUUGAGCUAUCGGGACCUGAGGAAGGGGUAGUUGAGGUUUCGGAACCUGAGGAAGGGGUAGUUGAGGUCUCAGAACCUGAGGAAGGGGUAGUUGAGGUCUCGGAACCUGAGGAAGGGGUAGUUGAGGUCUCGGAACCUGAGGAAGGGAUAGUUGAGGUCUCGGAACCUGAGGAAGGGGUAGUUGAGGUCUCGGAACCUGAGGAAGGGGUAGUUGAGGUCUCGGAACCAGAGAAAGGGGUAGUUGAGGAACCGGAACCUGAGGAAGAGGUAGUUGAUGUACCAGAACCUGAAGAAGCGGUAGUUGAGGAACCAGAACCCGAGGAAGGGGUAGUUGAGGAACCGGAACAUGAGGAAGAGGUAUUUGAGGAACCAGAACCUGAGGAAGAUGUUAAUGAACCACCAGCAGAAGAAAUUAAAAUCAUCCAACCUCUGGAAUCUGUAGAGGAUACUCUCUUUGGAGAGGAAACUUAUCCUGUUGAAGAGGACAAUAUUGUGCCAAUAGAAGACCAGUCAUCUGAGGAGGACAUGGAGGAACUAUUGCCUGAAUACCCUGGAUAUGAGGACAUCUACCCUGACGAAGUUGUUGAUACUGUGGACCAAUCAGAUCAUUCACCAGAGGACAGUGAAGUGGAAGAGGCUGCAUCACCAGAGGACAGUGAAGUGGAAGAGGCUGCAUUGCCAGAGGACAGUGAAGUGGAAGAGGCUGCAUCACCAGAGGACAGUGAAGUGGAAGAGGCUGCAUCACCAGAGGUCAGUGAAGUGGAAGAGGCUGCAUCACCAGAGGACAGUGAAGUGGAAGAGGCUGCAUCACCAGAGGACAGUGAAGUGGAAGAGGCUGCAUCACCAGAGGACAGUGAAGUGGAAGAGCCUGCAUCACCAGAGGACAGUGAAGUGGAAGAGGCUGCAUCACCAGAGGUCAGUGAAGUGGAAGAGGCUGCAUCACCAGAGGACAGUGAAGUGGAAGAGGCUGCAUCACCAGAGGACAGUGAAGUGGAAGAGGCUGCAUCACCAGAGGACAGUGAAGUGGAAGAGGCUGCAUCACCAGAGGACAGUGAAGUGGAAGAGGCUGCAUCACCAGAGGCCAGUGAAGUGGAAGAGGCUGCAUCACCAGAGGACAGUGAAGUGGAAGAGGCUGCAUCACCAGAGGACAGUGAAGUGGAAGAGGCUGCAUCACCAGAGGACAGUGAAGUGGAAGAGGCUGCAUCACCAGAGGACAGUGAAGUGGAAGAGGCUGCAUUGCCAGAGGUCAGUGAAGUGGAAGAGGCUGCAUUGCCAGAGGUCAGUGAAGUGGAAGAGGCUGCAUCACCAGAGGACAGUGAAGUGGAAGAGGCUGCAUUGCCAGAGGUCAGUGAAGUGGAAGAGGCUGCAUUGCCAGAGGUCAGUGAAGUGGAAGAGGCUGCAUUGCCAGAGGACAGUGAAGUGGAAGAGGCUGCAUUGCCAGAGGACAGUGAAGUGGAAGAGGCUGCAUUGCCAGAGGUCAGUGAAGUGGAAGAGGCUGCAUUGCCAGAGGACAGUGAAGUGGAAGAGGCUGCAUUGCCAGAGGACAGUGAAGUGGAAGAGGCUGCAUUGCCAGAGGUCAGUGAAGUGGAAGAGGCUGCAUUGCCAGAGGACAGUGAAGUGGAAGAGGCUGCAUUGCCAGAGGUCAGUGAAGUGGAAGAGGCUGCAUUGCCAGAGGUCAGUGAAGUGGAAGAGGCUGCAUUGCCAGAGGUCAGUGAAGUGGAAGAGGCUGCAUUGCCAGAGGUCAGUGAAGUGGAAGAGGCUGCAUUGCCAGAGGUCAGUGAAGUGGAAGAGGCUGCAUUGCCAGAGGUCAGUGAAGUGGAAGAGGCUGCAUUGCCAGAGGUCAGUGAAGUGGAAGAGGCUGCAUUGCCAGAGGUCAGUGAAGUGGAAGAGGCUGCAUUGCCAGAGGACAGUGAAGUGGAAGAGGCUGCAUUGCCAGAGGUCAGUGAAGUGGAAGAGGCUGCAUUGCCAGAGGACAGUGAAGUGGAAGAGGCUGCAUUGCCAGAGGACAGUGAAGUGGAAGAGGCUGCAUUGCCAGAGGACAGUGAAGUGGAAGAGGCUGCAUUGCCAGAGGACAGUGAAGUGGAAGAGGCUGCAUUGCCAGAGGACAGUGAAGUGGAAGAGGCUGCAUUGCCAGAGGACAGUGAAGUGGAAGAGGCUGCAUUGCCAGAGGACAGUGAAGUGGAAGAGGCUGCAUUGCCAGAGGUCAGUGAAGUGGAAGAGGCUGCAUUGCCAGAGGUCAGUGAAGUGGAAGAGGCUGCAUUGCCAGAGGUCAGUGAAGUGGAAGAGGCUGCAUUGCCAGAGGACAGUGAAGUGGAAGAGGCUGCAUUGCCAGAGGACAGUGAAGUGGAAGAGGCUGCAUUGCCAGAGGUCAGUGAAGUGGAAGAGGCUGCAUUGCCAGAGGACAGUGAAGUGGAAGAGGCUGCAUUGCCAGAGGUCAGUGAAGUGGAAGAGGCUGCAUUGCCAGAGGACAGUGAAGUGGAAGAGGCUGCAUUGCCAGAGGUCAGUGAAGUGGAAGAGGCUGCAUUGCCAGAGGACAGUGAAGUGGAAGAGGCUGCAUUGCCAGAGGACAGUGAAGUGGAAGAGGCUGCAUUGCCAGAGGACAGUGAAGUGGAAGAGGCUGCAUUGCCAGAGGACAGUGAAGUGGAAGAGGCUGCAUUGCCAGAGGUCAGUGAAGUGGAAGAGGCUGCAUUGCCAGAGGACAGUGAAGUGGAAGAGGCUGCAUUGCCAGAGGACAGUGAAGUGGAAGAGGCUGCAUUGCCAGAGGACAGUGAAGUGGAAGAGGCUGCAUUGCCAGAGGACAGUGAAGUGGAAGAGGCUGCAUUGCCAGAGGACAGUGAAGUGGAAUUGGCUCCAUUGCCAGAGGACAGUGAAGUGGAAUUGGCUCCAUUGCCAGGGGACAGUACAGUGGAGAUAGCAAUGACAGCAGAACCAAUCCCAGACUCUUCACCAACACCACCUGCAGAAUCUGGCACUGUGCCUGAGGUAGAUGAAACAGAGUCAGCUUCAGAGGUACAACCUACGGAGGAGGAUGCCGAGGAGCCUGAGGUGGUUGUUAUCGAUGAAGAGGAGGCUGAAGAGGAGGUCAUAGAUGUCUCGGAACCUGAGGAUGAGAGCGUGCAAGACCUUGCAGACAAUUUUGACCAAAUGGACCUGGUGAGCACAGAGGCCAUUGACCUUCCAGAUGCCAGUGGAUACCCAUUGGCUCCCGAGGAGCACCCCUUUGAGACCACAGCGUCUCCACCACUGAGAUACCUGACCACGCCCUCCAUGACCACGGCCAGUAAAGGAAGGGAGCUGGUAGUGUUCUUCAGUCUACGGGUCACCAACAUGAGGUUCUCAGAUGAUCUCUUCAACAAGAGCUCUUCAGAAUACAGAUCCCUGGAGAACACCUUUGUGGAGCUGCUGCUGCCUUACCUGCAGUCCAAUCUAACGGGAUUCAAGAAGCUGGAGAUUCUCAACUUCAGGAACGGCAGCGUUGUGGUCAACAGCAAGAUGAAGUUCUCCAAGUCAGUUCCAUACAACGUGACCCAGGCCGUCCACUGUGUCCUAGAAGACUUCUGCAAUGCUGCUGCCAUAAGCCUCAACAUUGAGAUUGACAGUCACUCUCUGGACAUAGAGCCGGCUGAUCAAGCAGAUCCCUGUAAGUUCUUGGCGUGCAACGACUUCUCUCGCUGUGUGGUGAACCGCUGGUCUCGGGAGGCCGAGUGUCUGUGUGACCCGGGCUACAUUACGUUGGACGGUUUACCCUGUCAGAGUAUCUGUGUCCUGCAGCCUGACUACUGCCAAAACGGGGGUCAGUGCGAGAUAGUGCCUGGGCAUGGAGCCACUUGCAGAUACCCAGACAAGUAUACAAGUCUUCACGGCAUGACAAGUUAAUAAAAUAGAGGGUUGAAUUACAUCAACACUAUGUACUGGGACAUGGCGACUGCAGAAGACAGCCUUUGGAUCACUGCAGAAGACAGCCUUUGGAUCACUGCAGAAGACAGCCUUUGGAUCACUGCAGUAGCAACAAAGUACCGUUUAUAAAGGAUAUUUAAUAGCUGAUGCAGUUAACAGACUGUUGUGACUGCAGAAAGACAUUGAUCUGCGGUCUUCUGAUUGACAGGCAGACACAACCCCUUCCUCUCAGCUUUCCAAAGCCUGUGUUUUACCUGAAAGGAUACUCCCCCAAACUGUGGACGACAAACAGAUGUGAUCAUUUCGCUGCAUUUAUCAAGUUGCAAAUGCACCUCAGGACAGCAAACUGCUUUUAUACAUAAUGUGCUGACAAUGUAGUAGCACUUAAAAAAAUUAACUAAAAAUGCCAGAAGAAAAGUUAUGUUUUCCUCAUGAGGUAUGUAUGUUGCAAUGGAGUAUAGUUAAUAUCACAUACUGUACACCUGUAUCAUAAUGUCUGUCUCUGUAUUGGUGUAAUAUUGAUAAUUGUAUAAAGUCCAUC